GCGGCGUAAACCUCGACGAAAACGUCCAUCGCUCACAAGCGCGCCGGGCCUUUCGCCAAUGUUUAUUUACAUCUUGUCCGCUCAGGGGAAAAAGGGAGCAACGCUGUCAGCCUUGCUAGGCUCAAUUUACAAAAAUGACUGCACAUGAAAAUCAUGCAAUAUCGUUCCACAAUCAUCAAAUCCUUUCUGCACCCAAGGAAACGCCAAGGAUAAUUUUAUCUGUCGGCCAGCAGAUCAAGUUAGUCGAAGACCUUGAAAAUCCCAGAAGCAGCCUUGUAAGGUGUGCAGAGAUUGCCAGCUUACUUCUGGAAUAUGUCUCUUCAAAUGAGACCAGGAAUGAUGACUUGUUUAUUCUAACAACAUCCUCGUGUCUGAACAAGUUCAACAACAUCCUCGAGGAAUGCGAUUUGGCAUGGCCAAGAAAGUUCCACUCAACUGUCGUCGCUCUGAUAUCUGGUUUGACCUAUUCGAGGGAUUGUGUGACUUACAUUAACAUGAACAAUUCGAAUUUACUGGGAAACGUCUACAACUUGAUAAAACUAUGUAUACCUGUGUUUGAAACAAGUAGAAGUAAGUUGGCUUGGACCACCGAGGAAAGGUUGAGUUUCACAUUACUUUGGAAUCACUGUGUGUUGAUUAGCUCAAAGUUCGCCAUCGAUCCCGAAAAACCUUUUGACAUAGUACCUGACUUGGCAAUAUUUAUUUUUAAGAAAAUCAAAUAUGUUUUUGAUAAGUUGAUCUCAGGAGAGCUGGAAGCCAACGAAUGGGAUUUCGACAACUAUGGCCUUUGUAUUAUAAUUUAUAUGUUAAAUGUUUUAAAUUUCACACAGUAUGCCCAGCUUUUUGCCAAGUUUGGACUAGAUCCAAUUUUCAGGUUUCUGAGUAUAAAGAGGGUUCCGGCAGAUUUUACUGAAAGGACCAAAGCUUUAGAUAUCGGUAUUUGCCAGAUAAUUAACCUCUUGAGUCAUUACGUGCCUGAGGAAUUGCUAGCGGCAGACUUCACGCAAGCAUUCACAAAUUACAUAUGGCUCAAUUCUGACUAUAUUAUGCAUUAUCAUAGGGUAUAUUCUGAAGAAAAGCUGCUUUUAAUAAUACUAAACACGUUGAUAGACUUUUCGAGGCUUAGCACGCAAGCAGCUCUGGAAUUCCAUUGCCUGGGUCUUCCAUCUUUGCUUACCAAGUUUAUGAAUGUGCCGAUUGACAGGUAUAAUUAUGAAAUCGAAGAUUUGAACUUUGACCUGCAAAUGGAACCUUUCCGCCCUCCACCUCGACCCAAUCAUGCAAAGAAACACAUUCUGAGGGACCUCCGUGGUGUCGUCCUAUUUACCAUCAUCACAAUCGAAUGUGAGGUGCGUCAAAGGGUGUACGGAGUGGACCUGUCAGACGAUGAACUCUUGGACGCCAGCCGUGGGCUUGAAGAAUUCCUGCCGGAUGAUAUAAAAGCCAGGUUGGCCCAGUUGCUGCCAAGAAUUCGAUAUAAAAAUGAUGAUGGUAAUGACCAGGACGAUAACAGUGACAAGGAAUACAAUGACGACGAUGAUGGGGAAUUUGACAAUGAUGACUAUGGAGACCUCGACGGUGACUUUGAUCAAGAAGAUGUAGCAGAAGGAGAAGAAGAAGAGGAGGAGGAGGAAGAAGAGGUGGAGGGAGAAGAAGAAGAAGAAGAAGAAUUAAUGGAAGAUGGCCAUGAUCUUGAAAGCGAAAAUGACCAUGUUGUCAAUGUCCUGUCUACCGGUGUAAUGCACAUGGAUAUUGAUCACACUGAAGAACAAAAUGAAUCAGGCGAUGAACAUACUCCAGGUCAAGAAGAAUGCAGUACAACUAUUGAACUGUCAUCUUCUGUUAUAUCAGAUCUUGAAAUCUCGAUUGCGAAGCAGUCGGAUGAAGAGCACAACACGAGCCAGGAAGAGCAAAUCCUGAUGGACAUCGGAUCAGACGAUAAACCUGAUCAUGAGGAAGACGAAUUGAGUUCUGUGAAUAUAUUUGAAUCUAGUUCAGAGAUUGAAACUAAACCUUCGCCAAGAGCAGACCUUUCUGAUGAAAUAAGUGGAACUACGCUAUGUUUGAGUGAACCACCGUCAGAUGUGUCCUUACAGAAUGAACCACCAUCAGAUGUGUCCUUACAGAAUGACCCACCGUCGAGUACAUCUUUGCAGAGUGAAAAGUCACCACAGAUUCUGUAUUCUUCAUCUCCAGAACCAAAGAAGGAUGCUGACAUGACAGUGGAACAACUAGGAAAUGAGUUGCAGCUGCCGAGCCCAAGACAGCUGUCCGAUUUAACAGAUGUUCAAACUGAUAAUCAGAAUGAAGAAAAUUUACUUUCUGAACCUCUAGAUUUUAAUAUUACAACAGCAGAAACAUCUGGAUCAGAAUUUACCUCUAAAUAAAACCUUAAAAGAUAGGGAAGUUAAAGCUGAUUGUAAAUAUAUCAAAGAUCAUUUAUUUGUAUAGAUGAACAUGUAUGCAUGUUAAAAAAAUACUACAUUCCUAAUAUUGUUGUGUCUUUCAAUAA